AUGGAACUGAGAACUCAAGUAUCUGGUAACAGUGAAGGUCUACCACCAACAGUAUCUGGUAACAGUGAAGGUCUACCAUCAACAGUAUCUGGUAACAGUGAAGGUCUACCACCAACAGUAUCUGGUAACAGUAACGGUCUACCAUCAACAGUAUCUGGUAACAGUGAAGGUCUACCAUCAACAGUAUCUGGUAACAGUAACGGUCUACCAUCAACAGUAUCUGGUAACAGUAACGGUCUACCAUCAACAGUAUCUGGUAACAGUGAAGGUCUACCACCAACAGUAUCUGGUAACAGUGAAGGUCUACCACCAACAGUAUCUGGUAACAGUAACGGUCUACCAUCAACAGUAUCUGGUAACAGUGAAGGUCUACCAUCAACAGUAUCUGGUAACAGUAACGGUCUACCAUCAACAGUAUCUGGUAACAGUAACGGUCUACCAUCAACAGUAUCUGGUAACAGUGAAGGUCUACCACCAACAGUAUCUGGUAACAGUGGUCUCUCUCUCAAGGUCUCAAGUCAAAGGUUUGAGGACCCUGGUCGUCCACACCACGUCAACAACAUCUCAGUUUUAUGGGAUUUUCUCGGAGGUUAA